CUGUACUACAUGGUACCAUCAUUGGAAGUCGCAAUGGUCCGUGCAGUGGUUCCUGAUGGGGGUUGAGCCACUCGCAAAGAGCGACAACCAUGUAUAUUCGCUUUGCCGUGGCGGCAUUGGUCAUCGGAACCUCAUUGUACUUGUUGGUCGAACUCGCCAAUUGUCAGUUUUCUGGCACCUUGACACCCACACGUGCAGGACACAUGUGGCUUCAAACUGCUUCGCUAAUUGGGUCCAGCAAUUUGCUAGCCACCGGCCUGGAUCCAUGGCCACCACAACAUAGGCCGAACGGUACUCUGCUCAAGCAGCCGUGGGUGUCUGGUGGGCAAGAAAACCCUUGCGUUCCUGCGCUACAUCACUUGUCGCCUCGAGGUGAUUAUGAAUAUCAUCCGAGCGAUGUUGAGAAAGAAUGGAUGAAAUUCCCUCGGAGGAAGAAGAUCUGCAAAACUGCAAGAGAGCAGCAGGAACAGUCGCGGAUUUGGAUGAACUACACUGCCAGUGUGUUCAAAGCAAACCAACGACCAGAUAGAGAACCCAUGGAGGAGGAAGCUCGUGUUUUGUCCUAUUUCUCAUAUCCACGAUCUGAUGGCAGUCGUGUGAAGCGCUAUGUUGAACCUUUGAGUGGAGUUGCCCGGCAUCCUCUUUGGUUGUGCCUGAGCGACAAGAGUAUUGACGGCCAGAACACCACCUACUUGCUGCCUGAAAAUGCUUGUACUAAAGAUGGCAAUAGAGCCAAAGGUGUGUUCUUUGACCUGGGAUCUGGUCAAAAUGUGCGCGACUUUGAGAUGUACGACUAUGCCGAAGGUUCUGGUAUGGGGUCGUCUAUCCCACUCUUCUUCAGAAUGUAUGCUGACCGUUGCAUUGACUUUCAUGCCAUCUAUGCGUGGGAGGUACGACAUGUGGACCACAACCAGUUCUGGGACCCUUUGCCGGAUGAGAUUCGUGCUCGACUUCGAUUCUUCAAUCGCCCAGUGCAGGAAAAUGGCUGCCCAGACUCGCCCCAAGGGAAUUUCUCAGAGCGCGGAGGCUUCUUGAAUAUGCUCGCUUCCACCGUCUCUCUAGAUGAUUACGUGGUGGUGAAAGUGGAUAUUGACUCGCUGGGCAUGGGUGCUGGGCCUGAACUGGCGAUUGUGGAGUCCAUUGCACACCUCCCUGAGUUGUCAACACUGAUAGAUGAACUUUAUUUUGAGUAUCACUUCUACUUUGAUGGAGCUACAACCUUUGGUUGGGGAGGGGGAAACUUUGGCGGAAGAGACGUGGACACGGCCAUCAAUCUCAUGGUGCGACUUCGGGAAGCUGGAAUCCGUUCGCAUUUCUGGGUCUGACUCUGCAGCGGUGCGUGGCGGGCGACCUCUCCUGCUGUGACCAUGGCUUCGGACCUGUAUGUUUUCCAAAUCGAACAAGGGUUUCCUGAAAGACAGGAAUAAGAAACCUAAGACAUGUUCAGCGAGGCCCAGACGAAAGCAAUUGGUUCAUUUUUAUGUUAUGACUGACGCGGCUGCGCAGAUGAACCGUCAGUGAUGUCAUAUCCUUUGUUUCACGGAGGCGAAUCUCGACUCUCACAGCGCUUGCAGCAAAGCAUGAGACUCCACCGUCAUGUGCGGGAGGAA